AUGGUCAUUAGAGAUAAUCACAAGAUGGCAUGCAUGAAAUGCAUUCGCGGCCACCGCGCGAGCGGUUGUAAUCACACAGACCGUGAGCUAUUCGUGGUACGUCCAAAGGGCCGUCCUAUCACACAAUGUGAAUCGUGCAGGCGUGCGCGUAAAACACGUCGAUUGCACAUUAAAUGUAACUGUGCUUCUCGUGACAAAGAUGUCCAGCAGGCUCGGCAGCAGCUCGAUCAACAAGUGAAGCAGGUGUUUGUGGAAACGCACAAGCGCAAUGCUCCGGCUGCACCUUAUUCCUCGUGUUGUCGUUCGAAUGCGGGACACAUGAACAAUGCCCCAUGUCAUUCGGACGCGCCUGCAGCUGUCCGCCUCCCAUCUAUUGUUACUCCAGAUGCUGCCAGUCCGGCGAACACACUACCUUACGUUAGUGUACUACGCCCGCCAACUACGCAAGCGUACAUGCCGCCGUUAACCGAAGAAGGUGUCGUCGUACCUGGUCAUCUCCUCCCUCCGGGAGCCCCGAAGUUACAACCUCCUGCAACCAUCCUCCCUUCUCACGAGCCUCCAGCUGUUCUUCCAUCACAGCUUGUUCAUAGUGCUUCGCCUUCAGAUGGGUAUGGGGCAAUUCCUAACGGGGGUGCUCAACAUACAGAAGUGUACCCCUUCAUUACCAAUUCUGAGGCAGCAAUUACGGCAGCCGCAGCAGCCCACAAUUUUUAUCCUCAGCCAGCUCAACCCCUGUCGUUCGCUCUACUGGGAAAUGGUGAGUAUUUGCCUGUUGUUGCGCUCCCGAAUCAGGCACCUAAUACUUAUGCUGGUGUUGGUCAUGUACCAGAGCAACCCAUUCCCGCAGUAUCGGUCCUUGACAAGAUCCAGCUCGCAGAUCAUUUGGAGGAAUUUCCGCGCUGUGCGAAACCAAGUUCGCAAUGUUCUUGUGGAGAGAAUUGUCAGUGUGUUGGCUGUUUAACUCAUCCGAAUAACGCAACCACUCUUGCUGCUUUGAAUCAUAUUUCCGUUUUGCACAUGGAGAAUGCCGUUCCACCCAAGGUUCCCACUCCGCAGCCGUCGCAGGCUUCUCCCUUACACUAUCCUCAACCUUCUCAACAACAACCGCAGCACUAUCCUGUUCCUCCUCUCACCUCUGUAGGCAGUCUUUUGGACGAGAGUAGCUCGCGCAAGGCUUUCCCACAAGUCGGUGAGGCUAAAAAGGCUCAACCCGAUAAUUUCUUACAUGUCGCAUUGGUUCCUCAAACUCAAACUACGCCUCAGACUUGUUCAUCCAAUGCUCCCAAGCAAUUGUUUCCUGCACCCACGGGCAGAAUGUCUUCACACUUUUAUGAGUUGCCUCCCCCCUUUCCAUCACAUGCUGCUCCCGGGUCCAUUGCAUGGUAG